AUGACUGAUAACUACGAUUUGGAAAUGCGCCUUGCCAUCGUUGGUAGGGAGCUGGAGGAUGUUGUUGAUGCCGAGGCACAACAUGAGACGCCAGUUGCUGAACCUCAUGAUUCCUCUGCCCCCACAGUAAGUGGCUCUAUUUUUCCGCAACUUGACGGUAAACUCCGGGUUCAUGAUACUCGUGCUCUCUACCCUGUUUCUUAUGUCCGGAGUCGCGUUGUUGGUUCUGUGCCAAGAAUCUCCGAUAACCCCGUCAUACAGCCACCAAUGGCCUCCAGUGCACUUUUGGAAACAGAAAUCGAGAAUGUAUUGUCCUUCGUCCCUGCACACAUUUUCGCUAAGUUCCCUCAGAAGUACAUCAGCAAUGCUUCUCAACAAGACUACAUUAUCGAACACUUCUUCAAGGAUAUCUGGAACCGGAGUUGGGAUCUGUUUUAUCUGCCCCUCCCUGAGAGACAAGCUCAUCAAUCACUUAUCCUCGUGCCGCAGUCUCAGGCUGAGAACAUGCUCUCUCACAUCAACGCUGUGGUUUCCCUGAAGCUAACUCUCGAUGGGAUGAAGCAGGAUCGACUGGUACUUGACUUUGUCAAUCUUCCAAUUCCAAAGCCGCUUUACCUGGGAAGAUCCAAUGACGCAGAGGAGAAAAAAUUUCUUCAGGGAAAUAUCCAACGCAUGGAGAACUUCGCAGAAUGGGAUGACCUUGCAAAGGACAACAAUUCCCUGAUAUUUAGAGCGUUCACACAGUACCUGAAAAAUGUCAUCCUGCCAACAAUGAACUGCAAAAAAGCGAGGUGGAAUUCAAAGCGUCGAGCUAAGAUGGCUAAGAUGGCCAAAUGGACCAGCCAGCUAAACUGGCUGCUAAGCUGUCUUGGUCUGCGCCCUCCUCCUGCUUCCGAAUCUUCUCCGAAUGGAGACCAGCAAUCCGUCUUGGCUCCUGUGAACGUCCUUAUGGCUCCUGAAUGGGAUUUUCACAACAAUCCUGUUUUCGUUAGCAUUGACUGUGAGUGGAUGGAACGAUCGUCAUGGGCACUGACAGAAGUUGGUAUCUCUAUCCUGGAUACCCACGACCUCGUCAACCUGCCGCCCGGUGAUUAUGGCGAGAACUGGAAGAAGAGAAUUCGUUCAUACCAUCUCCGGGUCUCCGAGCAUGAAUCCCAUAUCAAUCAGGAAUUCUGCCUGGGAUGCCCGGACAAGUUCGAGUGGGGCCAAAGCUAUCUGAUUGAUCAUGACCACAUGGGUGUGACUAUCGACCAUUACUUGAGUUCGCAUGGCGCAGGUCGCAAUCUGAUUCUGGUGGGUCUGGCCAUGGACCAUGACCUUCAAAUUUUGCGACGAACUGGAAGUGUGUACUUCUCUCAGCCGGAGGGGGCUAUGUUUAACGAUCGUCUCGACGUUGCAUACUUGUUCCGCGCUCUACGCAACAUCGACGUGCACCACGGAAUGGCGCGCCUUUUGGGCGAGCUGAAUGAACUCCAUUCAGAGUGGCUUCACAAUGCAGGCAAUGAUGCUCGAUACACCAUGCAUGCACUUGUUCGGAUCGCAAUGGAGGCCGCUGGUGAGAAGCAAGAGAGUGAGAUGGAAGUUGUGGAUUGA